UUAGUCCCAACAGAAGCUGAGAAGAGGACAACAGGCACUUUUCAGACUGCCUUCUGCGGAACUAGUACUGAUUACAUCGUGUGUUGUCUCCUCAACUAACCAACCUGAGAGCUUGUGUUUUAGCUCUCCUCUGAUAGUUCAUGAGCUGUACGAUUGUUAUCUGAAGUUGUCUUUUCUUGUCCGGGAAUCGGAUCAAUCAAAUCGAUCUGGAGUCGUUCGUCAUUUAUUGUGGCUUCAGUCUUUUCAAGAAACAACAAAAAAGUUCAUCAAGACGUGUGCUUUUGUUUUAAUACUUUUGGUUAAGUUCAUGUAAAGCAUAUUGCGCAUCCGUGUUUGGGGUUUGAAAAUACGGUGUUGCAAAAUGGACUUAAACUGCAACUAACUCGGGAUACUUUUGCAGUGACCCAAGUAUAAAGAAUAACUGAAAGACUUGUUUUCCCGUACUUUUUUGGAUAAAGAUCAAUCAUGGAAGAGGGGCAACAGAACCGCGUCCUCCACAGCACCAAAGAGUCGGACCGCGAGCAACGCUUGAGGCUCUGUGUUUUACAUGAAAUCUUGAACACCGAGAGGGAUUACGUUCGGGUAUUGCUUUUCCUUCAGUCGGCCUGGGCCCGUAUCCACAAUGGCUGAGCGGCCCCUUCUGUGACUUCUGCUUUUCCCCUUCAGGCCUGGGCCCGUAUCCACAAUGGCUGAGCGGCCCCUUCUGUGACUUCUGCUUUACCCCUUCAGGCCUGGGCUCGUAUCCACAACGGCUGAGCGGCCCCUUUUGUGACUUCUGCUUUUCCCCUUCAGGCCUGGGCCCGUAUCCACAACGGCUGAGCGGCCCCUUCUGUGACUUCUGCUUUUCCCCUUCAGGCCUGGGCCCGUAUCCACAAUGGCUCAGCGGCCCCUUCUGUGACUUCUGCUUUUCCCCUUCAGGCCUGGGCCCGUAUCCACAACGGCUGAGCGGCCCCUUUUGUGACUUCGGCUUUUCCCCUUCAGCCUUUCUGCACAGAAUCCGACAAACUGCAGAGGAGCAACAGUGUCUGUCACCUGAGCAUGUCAAGACCCUGUUUUCCAACAUCGAGUCCAUCCUGGACGUUCACAAAGAGGUUCUGUCUGCAGUGGAGGCCAGCCUGCAGCCGGAGCCGCAGCCUGGGCACGGCCUUGGACAUGUCUUCCUCCAGUUUAAGGGGCGGUUCUCUGUGUAUGGGGAGUACUGCAGUAACAACGAGAAGGCCCUGCGGCUGCUGAUGGAGCUCAACAAGAUCCCCGAAAUCAGGACCUUCCUCCUGCACUGUAUGCUGUUGGGAGGGAAGAAGAGCACAGACAUUCCCCUGGAGGGGCACCUGCUAUCACCCAUUCAGAGAAUCUGCAAGUACCCCCUCUUACUGAAGGAGCUGCUGAAGCGGACACCCAAGAAGCACUCGGACUACCCUGCGGUGGAGGAGGCCCUGCAGGCCAUGAAGGCAGUGUGCUCCAACAUCAACGAGACCAAGAGGCAGAUGGAGAAACUGGAGGCCCUGGAGCAGCUACAGUCGCACAUCGAGGGCUGGGAGGGCACCAAUCUGACUGACAUCUGCACCGAGCUGCUGCUCCACGGCAACCUGCUCAAGAUCUCCGCCGGCAACAUCCAAGAGAGAGUCUUCUUCCUGUUUGACAACCUCCUGGUCUACUGCAAGAGGAAGUCCAGGGUAACUGGGAAGAAAUCCACAAAGAGGACCAAGUCCAUCAAUGGCCCCCUGUACGUGUUCAGAGGAAGAAUCAACACAGAGGUGAUGGAAGUGGAAAACGUUGAGGAUGGAACAGCUGACUACCACAGCAACAACUACACAGUGACCAACGGCUGGAAGCUCCACAACACGGCCAAGAACAAGUGGUUCGUCUGCAUGGCCAAGAACGCAGAGGACAAGCAGAAGUGGCUCGACGCUAUCUUGAGGGAACGAGAGCAGAGAGAGAGUCUGAAGCUUGGGAUGGAGCGGGAUGCCUACGUUAUGAUCGCCAAGAAAGGCGAGAAGCUCUACCAUAUGAUGAUGACCAAGAGCCGCCACCUGAUCAAGGACCGGCGCCGAAAGCUGACUACCGUGCCCAAGUGCUUCAUGGGAAAUGAGUUUGUGUCGUGGCUGAUGGAGAGUGGAGAGAUCAGCACGCCAGACGAGGGGGUCAACUUGGGUCAAGCUCUGCUGGAGAACGGAAUCAUCCACCAUGUGUCAGACAAGCACCAGUUCAAGAACGAGCCGGUGUUUUACCGUUUCCGCUACGAUGACGGCACCUACAAGGCCAGGAGCGAGAUGGAGGACAUCAUGUCAAAGGGCGUGAGGCUUUACUGUCGUCUGCACAGCCUGUAUACCCCUGUCGCCAAGGAUAGAGACUAUCAUUUAAAAACCUUCAAGUCUGUGUUGCCUGCCAGCAAACUUGUGGACUGGCUCUUGUCACAGGGUGAUUGUUCCACACGUGAGGAAGCGGUGACAAUGGGAGUCGGACUGUGCAACAAUGGCUUCAUGCACCAUGUUCUGGAGAAGACCGAGUUCAAAGACGAGUCGCAGUUCUUUCGUUUCUACGCCGACGAGGAGAUGGAGGGUACCAACUCCAAGAGCAAGCAGCUGCAACGCAACGACUUUAAGCUCAUCGAGAACAUCCUGGUCAAGUCCCUAGUGAUCCACCCGGAGGAGGAAGACUACGGCUUUGAGAUUGAGGAGAAGAACAAGGCCAUCGUGGUGAGGUCUGUCACCAGGGGCUCUCACGCUGAGAUGGCGGGGCUGCAGGAGGGCAGGAAGAUCUUCACCAUCAACGAGGACCUGGUGUUUCUCAGGCCCUUCCAGGAGGUGGAGACCAUGAUCAGCCAGGCCUUCUGCAUCCGCCGCUCCUUACGCCUGCUGGUCAACACCAAGGCCAAGGAGAUUGUGAAGAUUCCAGACACUCCCUAUGCCCUGUCCUUCAAACUCAGUGGCUCUGCCCCACCUCAUGUACACGCAGUAAGGAAAGGGUCGGAGGCGGCGGUGGCAGGCCUCCAGCCAGGUCAGUGCAUCCUGAAGGUGAAUGGCAACAACAUGAACCAUAGCGACUACCAGGAGGUCCUGGAGCACUUCACCUCCCACCACGACCAGCAGGAUCAUCCCGACAUGUGUCAGUGGGUGUACCGUGCGUUUGAGGACGUGGAGGAGGAGAGGGGCUCGUUCAAGGCCUGCACAGAAGAGAAAUGCUCAGACAUAGAUGAGGAGCACGGCAGGAACGGAACAGACUACAGGGGGGGCCUGAGCCAGCUGUCUCUGUCUGAUGACACGGUGCCCCUGGUGAGCAUGACGGUGGACAACGUGCACCUGGAGCACGGUGUGGUGUACGAGUAUGUCAGUACAGCUGGCAUCAAGUGCCACGUCCUGGAGAAGAUGGUGGAGCCCAAGGGCUGCUUCAGCCUUACUGCGAAGAUCCUGGAGGCCUUUGCAAGAGACGACAGUCAUUUUGUGCGUAACUGCAGCCAGCUGAUCUCGCAGAGUGACCGUGUGAUGUCCAUGCCCCAAUUUGAGUUCAGGAACAUCUGUGAUACCAAGCUGGAGAGCAUCCGCCGGCGAAUCAGCAGAUACCAGCAGUUUGCCCAGGAGCUGAGGAGAAAGGCGUGCCCCACAUUCAAGCAGGCAGGCGUACUGACCCACCCACUGGGCUGCAUGGACUUUGUGCCCACCAACUGCCACGUCAACCUGAUGCAGGUGUCCCACCCCAAGACCACCAUGGUGUCCGGCAGGGCCUUCAGCUUCCGCUUCGGACGCAAGAACUCCUUCUACGGCCUGGACCCCAACCAAGCUAACCUGUCUCGCAUGUCUCACACCCAACACUGUGUGACUAGCAUGGGUGCCCCGUCUUACAGCUGCAGCGAUCUCGGGGAGGAGGGGGAUGGUGAGGAGGACAUCGAGGGCUCUGGAGAGGGCAUCCCAGACAGGAUGCAGCAAGCCAACAGGGGGAAUGGCCUCAGCUUCCUGCUCAAACAGGAGGACAUGGAGAUCCAGGAAGCCUACAUCUGCCUCUACAACCGCCUGAACAUCGCCGUGCAAGAGAUGAGGCAGUACGUCACCCAGAUAGACGUCCUCCUUUUGUCCAUCACGGAGCCCACCCAGCCGCAGGGCAGCGAGUCCCCAGCCUACGAGGCCAUUCAGCCCCCUUCCAUGACCCCCGAAGAGGGGGACCAGGAAAAGGCGGAGCACGGGGGCAUCAAGAGGGUCUGCUUCAUGGUGACGGAAGAGGACCAAGGGGACUCGGGCCAAGACACCAUGAGCUACAGGGACUCCUACAGUGAAUGUAACAGUAACAGGGAUUCCGUCUUGUCAUACACAAGUGUACGUAGCAACAGCUCUUACCUGGGGAGUGACGAGAUGGGUUCAGGUGAUGAGCUGCCCUGUGACAUGAGCAUUCCCUCUGACAAGCAGGACAAGCUGCACGGCUGUCUGGAGCACCUUUUCAACCAGGUGGACUCCAUCAACAGCCUGCUCAAAGGGCCCGUCAUGACCAAGGCCUGCGAGGAGACCAAGCACUUUCACCCUGACCACACUAAGCCAGAGUUCCGUCACACUGAAGACUGGAUGGUGCACUGUCACAUCAUCCACAAGAACAUCCAGGAGGACCCUUGGAACCUGCCCAGCUCAAUUAAGACACUGGUGGAGAGCCUGCAACGAUUUGUGGAUGAUGGGAAGAACCAGGUGCUUCUGGCUCUGCUCAAAUGUACAGAUACGGCUCUGCAGCUGCAGCGGGACAUGAUCUUCUGCCAGAGUGCGGUGAGCGCUGUGUGCACACUGGCCGAGCAGCUCCUGGCGGCGCUGCGGGCGCACUUCAACAACGCUGGCGAGUACGAGGAAGACUGCAAGGACACGAGCCGUAAGUGGCUGGAGCAGGCGGCCGCCAUCGGCGUGCUGCUCAACUUCCAGGCAACGCUGGCGCCCCACGUGAAGGAGGAGAGGACAAUGCUGGAGGAUACCCAGGCAGCCCUGUUGGACCUGGACAAAGUCACUGUGUUCUUCCGCCAGCUGGAAGAUGAAUGCCUGGUUGUAAACACGCCGGUGUGUUACCACGUGGAGGGCACCCGGCAGGCCCUGAGGGUCACCAUGUACCUGGACAGCUGCCACUUCAGUGAGCUCCCCAUGCGCCUGCAGAAUGGGGGCAGCCUCAAACUGCACACUGUACUCUUCACCAGCGCCCUGGAGAGGCCAGAGGGAGUGUCCGAGCAGGCCUACGUGUCCAUAGAAGAGUUCCAGCAACGCACCAACGCCGUCGCACUGGAAAGGGUCAAAGCCUACUACCGAAAACUCAGGGCUUUUUACCUGGAGAAGUCAAAUCUUCCCACCGACUCCAACACCACAGCUAAGAAGAUAGACCAGCUCCUCAGACCCCUCAACACUCUGGACGACCUGUGUCGUCUGAUGCAGUCAUAUGUCAACGUGCAUCCCAAUGCCGCAGGCCACCCCUCUGGCGUCAGCGUCCUGUGUGUGUCCUCCGAGCUGUGCAACCGCCUGGGCGCCUGCCAUAUCACCAUGUGUGCUACUGGCAUGCAAAGGUGCACCCUGAGCGUGACCCUUGAUCAGGCUAUGAUCCUGGCGCGGAACCACGGCCUCAUGCCCCGCUGCAUCAUGCAGACCAUGGACAUCAUGCGCAAACAGGGCACCAGGGUAGAGAUCUCGGCUAAAAACCUCAAAGUGAUGGACCAGAUGCCGCCCGCAGCCCCAAGGCUCUUCAAGUUGUGUCUGCCACCCGAAGACGGAGAUCUAUAAGAGACUAAGCAUCGCUGUGUUUUUAUUCCGCUCUGCUCAUUUAUUUAGCCAAGAUGGUCCACUCAGUAACAAUUGUCAGUGUUUUCCAGGGAGUCCUGGGUUCCAUAGAAUCAAUAAAAACAUGUACAGCAUA